AUGUCUUUCUUUCGAUCCUUUUUUUUCCUUGCUACAAAUUUCUUUACAAUUCUUCGAUCAAAGCUAUCAUUCUUUCAUUUAUUCUUCCUGAUUUUUUUUUUACUUGCCUUCCAUUCUUUCUUUUCUUUUCUUUCUUUAUUUCUUUCAGUCUUUCUUUCUUUCUUUUUUUUUUUCUUUCUUUCAGUCUUUCUUUCUUUCUUUCUUUCUUGUAAGGUGAGCAUUCUUUCGUUAAGUCUUUCCUCAGCUUCUUUUCCUUUUCUUUUCGUUACUUUUUUUUACUUGAUUAAUUUUUUUUUAAUUUUCCUUUUUCUUCAAUUUCUUUCUUAUUUUCUUUCUUUCUUUUUUUCUUUCUUCAAUGCCUUUGUUUGUUUUCUCUCAUUCUUCCUUCAGUUUCUUUUCUUUCUUUCUUUCUUUCUUUCUUUUCUUUCUUUCUUUCUUUUUUUCUUUCUUUCAAGCUUUCUUGCUUUCUUUUUUCUUCACUUCUUUAAUUUGAUUAAUUUUCUUUCUUUCUUUCCCUCUUUUCUUCAUUGCCAUUUUUCAUUCUUUAAAGUCUCUAUUUUCUUUUUUCUUUCUUUUCUUUUCUUUUUUUUAAAUUUUCUUUCUUUCUUUCUUAAUUUCUUUCAAGGUUACCAUUCUUUCGUUAAUAAGUUUUCCCCAGCUUCCUUCCUUUUCCCUUUCUUUCUUUUUUCUUUCUUUCUUUCUUUCUUUCUUUCUUUCUUUUUUCUUUCUUUCUUCAAAGCCUUUGUUUGUUUGUUUCUUUCUUUGAUACUACUUUUCCUUCCUUAUUUCUUAGUGCUUUUUCUUAUUGUUUCUUUUCCUCGUUUUAUUAUUUUCUUUCACCAUCCAAUCGUUCCUUGA